AUGCCACCGAAGCGCAAAAUCGUCCGCGCCGCGACCUCACCCGUCCGUCCGGAGGGCUCGCCAGCAAGGCGUCAGCGUACACUCGAUCAUGAAGCCGACACCGAGCGCAAGAGUCAGGACCAAGCAGAAGAGGAAGAGCAGUCUGGUGUUAUACAGCGCGACUUUUACCCACCAGAGAUGAGCAAUGAGCGCUGCAAGCGAUACCUCAAUGGCGAUCUCCCACUUCCCAUCGACGUACUCCGGAAAGCAUUGGCAGAGACGAAGACACAGCGGGAGCAGAUACAGAUUGGCGAUGCGGUGGUACAUUGGUUCAAGCGAGACCUGCGGCAGACAAAUAAUCGUGCUUUAGAAAGGGCCAGUGUGAAGGCGAAGAGUCAGGGAGUUCCGCUGGAUUACCAGGCGCAUAUAACUUCUGCUGCACGCGUGGAUUUUGAGCUCAGGACGCUGGAAGUACUGAAGGAGGAUCUGAAGGAGAAGGGAAUCCCACUUUAUGUUACUACGAUCGAGCAGAGGAAGGAUGUACUCGGGCAUAUUCUGACCAAGUGCGCGGAGUGGGGAGCAAAGCAUCUGUUCUGCAAUAUGGAGUAUGAGGUGGAUGAGCUGAGGAGAGAGGCGAGGCUGGUGAAACGGGGCUUGGAGAAGGGUAUAGCGGUGGAAGUCCUGCAUGACGAUGUCGUUGUGCCGCCUGGUAUUCUCAGGACUGGAGCCGGGAAGCAUUAUUCUGUUUACUCUCCCUGGUUCAGAGCAUGGACGAAAUACGUGCAUGACCAUCCUCACGUCCUUGAGCCAUCAGAACCGCCUACGCGAAAUCCUGAUUCUGCAGUCGAGCGCUUCCGGGAAAUCUUCUCCAUGCCACUACCGUCUGCGCCCCCGAACAAGACUCUUCCGGACGCGCAACGAGAUCAUCUAUCACAUCUAUGGCCAGCAGGGGAGCAUGAAGCCAUGUUGCGAUUAGAGCGCUUUGUCGAGCAGAAGCUAGGCAAGUACAAGGAGACUCGCAACUUCCCUGCGGAGAACAGCACAGCGAUGCUUUCUGUCCACUUCAGCGCAGGUACUCUCGCGGCCCGAACAGCGGUGCGGAUGGCCCUCACUGCUAAUAAGAGCUCCUCAUCUAAGGACCCUCCCAACCUCUUCGGUGGCUGGGUCUCUGAACUCGCCUGGCGGGACUUCUACAAGCAUGUCCUUUGUCAUUGGCCUUACGUCUGCAUGAGCAAGCCGUUCAAGUACGAGUACAGCGACAUACGCUGGGACUAUCACCAAGAGAAAUUUACUCGCUGGUGCGAAGGCAAGACCGGCUUUCCAAUAGUGGAUGCGGCAAUGCGGCAGCUGAACUCUAUGGCAUGGAUGCACAAUCGCUGCCGCAUGAUCGUCGCCUCCUUCCUCGCCAAAGAUCUUCUGAUCGACUGGCGGCUGGGGGAGAAGUACUUCAUGGAACGCCUUAUCGACGGGGAUUUCGCUUCCAACAACGGAGGAUGGGGUUUCUCCGCUUCUACGGGGGUUGAUCCUCAGCCUUACUUCCGCAUCUUCAACCCUUUUCUACAGAGCGAGAAGUUCGAUGAGAGAGGUGAGUAUAUCCGUAAGUGGGUACCUAAGCUGGCUGGCGUUGAGGGAAAGGCGGUACAUGAUCCGUAUGGAAGAGGGAAGGGGAAGGAGGCUGAGGAGGCAGGGUAUCCAAGGCCGAUGGUGGAGCAUAAAUUCGGGAGGGAGCGGGCGCUGGAGAGGUAUAAGGAGGGUUUGGGGAGGGGGACGGCCAAUGUUGGGGGUGGGGUGCAUAAUUGA